AUGACCGUCUUUGGCGGCCGCAACUACCGCCUGGGCUGGCUGCUGCUGCUGCCGGCAGCAAACUGGCUCAAGGAGAAGCUCGGAUCCUGGUUCGGCCGCGGCGGCCAGGGCGAGGAGGCGGCGGAGGAGGAGGGCGAGGAGGAGGGCGAGGGCGGCGGCGCUGACCUGGCGUCCAUGUUUGGCGCGGGCGGCCUGCAGGGCAUCGACCCGGCAGCCCUGCAGCAGCUGCUGCAGAGCGGCAUGCUGCAAGGGAUGCGGGGGUAG